GGUCUUCUUCUUCUUCGCUUGAAGUUCUGAAAUUGUUGUUCAAUUUUUGUUCCAUUUUUCUUGUAAUGUUUUGUAAAUUGUAAUUGUCUGCUGCUGAUGGAUCUGUCUUGUAUUUGCUGGUUGCUGAUGGCUGUAAAUUUUUUUUUCAAAUUUACUGAUGGCUCGAUGGCUCUGUUAGUCAGUUGCUUUCAAUUCUUUGCUCUGUUACUGAUGGCUCGAUGGCUCUGUUAGUUGCUGAUGGCUCUUAAUUUUUUUGUUCAAAUUUACUGAUGGCUUUGUUUGUAGUUGCUGGUUUUGCUGGGUGAAGGUUUAGUGUUUUGGAAUGUUUUAUAAUGUGCUAAUGUUUGUAAUUGCUCGGUGAAGGUUUAGUGUUUUGUGAUUAUUGGUUAAUGUUUUGGUUCAGUGUUCUCUCUUUUCCAGAUUUCCCUUCUCCAUGUAUUUCUGCAUGUUGCUGAAUUGGUAAUCAAUAAAUUUUCCUUUUUGCUGUAAAUCGGGACUUUACUAGGAUUUGUUAAAUUUGUUGCUGAAUUUGUUGCUUCCCAGUCACAGAAUCAGAACAGAAUGCUCAGUCAGUGCUUGAUUGAUUGGCUUUGCUCACUGAUUGUAUUUGAUGAUAAAUUUUAAAUUGAUAACUUUUAAAUUUUAAAUUUGCACUGCCUAUGUUACUGAUUCACUGUUCUUUCAGUGCUUUUUGUUGUUGUUAAUCAUUGUGAUGAGCUUUGUUAAAAUUUGCACUGCCUAUAUUACUGAGUGUUCCUUCAGUGCUUUUUGUUGUUGUUAAUCAUUGUGAUGAACUUUGUUAAAAUUUGCACUGCCUAUGUUACUGAUUCACGGAUUCAUCCCUCUCGUCAUCAUCAUCGGCAUGAACUCCGAACCAAAACCCCAACUCUCUGGAUAAAAUUGUAACGAAAGCUGAUUGGGACUUUUUCUUCUACUUAAGAUAAACUGAAGCAGCAAGGCGGAGGAGCUGAAAAUUGGAGAAGGAAGAAGCUAUGCUCCGUUCAGCUUUGCUUCUGGCCCCCUACAAUUUUUUGCCGGUUCGAGUGAGAACCGGCACGUGCCAUUCCUUCGCUCUCGCACGUGCCUCUCAGGCUAUCGUCUCCCCACUCUUUUCAUGCUUCGAUCUCCACUUUCAUCGGUUCCGACAACCCCGUGUGAGUUUAUGCGCCGUGCGUCGCUCCCCUGCAACAUCUUCGAGGAGGCGACGGCGUCGUGGCACGAAAACGAACGACGAUAAAUUCGAUUACUACGACGACGACGACGAAGACUUUGAAGACGACGACGUUGUUUUGGGCGGCGAUAAUGAGUACUACUACGACAACGAUGGUGAUGGUGAUGAAGACGAAGACGAAGACGAAGAAGGUGGUGAUGAAGAGGGAAUGAUGCCGUUUGAGAAGAUGAGGAAGUGGUUCAAGCACAAACCCAGAGGGUUCGGUGAAGGGAAAGUGUAUGAUACUUCUGUUGAGGACAAGCUGCUCGAUGAAAUACGUCAGAGCAGUGAAGCACAAGCUGCUAACUUGAAGAAGCUCAAGAGCGGUGUUGUUAACUCCAAAAACAGUGAAGAAAAGAAGAAAGACGCUCAAGUUGUUCCGAUUGGUGGUCGAGUGCGCCUGGUGAACCUGCCGAAAAAGAAGAACAUUCAUAGGGAUCUGAAAUCUGCAUUUGAAGGGAUUCCAGGCAUAGUGAAUAUCGUCCCGGCAGUUAUUGGAAACAAGAAGACACGGGACCCUAUCUGCAAGGGUUUUGCUUUUGUUGAUUUCAAGUGUGAAGCAGAUGCAGUUAGGUUUAUAGAGCUAUAUUCUGGACAAAGUAUUGCUUUUGGCAAGAUUCAGAAGCCAAUAAAAUGUGAAUUUGUAAAUGCACAUUCUUCCUCUCCUGUUUCUCCGAAAUCAAGUGCAAAUCUUAACACCACUCCACUUCUCAUGGUCUCUGGUGUUGAAGAGGACUCAAAUGAGGUUUCUAACGCGAAGGAUUCUGCCCUUAGUUCUUGGGAUGGGACCACUUUGGAUGUUUCAGAUGAAGCAGACAAUCAAAUAUACAGAGAAGGAGAAGAAGAGAGUUCUGGAGAGGAACCUGAUUCUGCCACUGUGUUCAAGGGAGAUUAUGAUGAGAGUGAAGAGGAUGAAGAGGGUUCUGUAGGGGAUCAGGUUGCUGCCACAGCUUUCGUGACAGAUUAUGAUGAUAGUGUAGAAGAAGAAGAAGAAGAAGAGGGUUAUGUAGAGGAUCUACAUGCUGCCGCCGCUUUCAUGGCAGAUUAUGAUGAUAGUGUAGAAGAAGAGGAUGAAGAGGGUUCUGUAGAGGAUCAGGAUGCUGCCACUGCUUUCAUGGAUGAUGAUGAUGAUAGUGUGGAAAUGCAGAUCAAUUCCGAAAUUGGUUCACUUUCCUUAGAGCAGAUAGAUAGAAACCUCAUAGCUGAACCAAAUUCAUCUGCUGAAGUUGGACAAGAGAGCGUGCAGAAGAAAAAGCGGGCUUCGAAACAGAAAGGCAAGAAGGUUCCAAAGUUAUAUGUUCCUGGAUCCGCAAAGAGGUUAAAGAUCAAGGAAAAGGCUGUACUAAGUGAUGUUUUCGCCAAGUAUGGAUCAAAAGCUCCAGUAGCUGCUUCCAAGGAAAGUUAGUACUAUGCCAGACUCGAGAGAUUUGCAAGGCUAAAACCAUUAUCCGCAUGUUGGAAAUUGAGAAUCAGAACUAAAAAGCCACAUUGCAUGCAAAUGGACUUUCUAGCUGGCCAUAAAUGCCAGUUUUUGGAUCAGUGUACAAUUAAACAGUUCUGUAGUAACAUAGGGGCAGCAUUAUUUCUAUGAAUGCCAAAUCAUUCUUUAUUAAUAUCAUUUCUCUCUUCACAUGAGUUGGAAUCCAAAUGUUCGUCCGAAGCUUUCAUA